AUGCCAGCCCCGCCAGAAAAAAGACCGAGGCCACAGGCGCCCAUUAGUAGCAGUGAGCCUUCCAGCUACCGCUCAAAAGUGGGCAACCCCACCAAACCGACUCCCCAAAAAACCCCGAUCCCAUCGACCUCUCAGCCCCUACUGCAGCCGCCAGUACUCGCGCAUCUUCUGACGAAAGUGAUGGGCCGCCUGAUGACGGACAAAACUCUCCAUGAAAUGGAUGACAUCACUCCGGUAUGGCUCUUCUUUCGGGCAAUUUUCACCAACGGCAAGCCCCCAUCCCAAUCAGUAUUUGAAAAAUACUGGCACGCCCAACCGCUCAUCAAUCGCCACCACUUUCUUUGGUAUCUCCCGUCCAAACCGGUUUCUGAACUAAAUCGCCGCGGGACCUCCUCCAGUUUCGUCCGCCUUUGUGUUCCCAAUGACGCUGUCGCCCCGGUGAAACGACAUGCAGAACUAACGUGGAAGUGGCAAUUUGAUAAAACCAUAGACCCCCGCUCCCAAAAACAUCCUAACGCUACGAAAGCAGCCUUAAUCCACUAUCUCCGCACCAAGCGGGAGGCCCGCUGCACACAUGAACGAGCACCAAAAAUUCUUGCCCGUAGCAUGGAUGCUUUACUGGACCCCCUUGUUAAUUCCUCCAACGCAGACAUUCUCCAACGUACCACGGACCGGCUCCAGAAGGCAUAUCAAGCAAAACAUAUUACAAACUGCUUGUCACCUAACCCACGAAUCCCAACAGGCGCUAGCACACAGCCAGAACGUGCGCAGCCCGGACGACCCCACGUACCAACGGUCUACCCCGCACAGCCUCAACCUUCCACCACAGACUCUUCGACGACAGAAAACGAUAUAGAAAUGGCUGACAUCAACAAGGACCAGGGCCCAGUAGUAUUGACCGAGGAUGAACAAUGUUAG